AUGAGAGCAUCAAGCGACCAAUCUGAAACUGCAUUGUCUCGCAUUCCCAACACACAGGACUCUCUCAAAUGUGGGCAAUGUGGUAAAAAAAACUUGGGAUCGCAAAUCCCAAGUUUGUCUAUGAAGAGCAGAUCUAAUUAUAUUAGUGGCACAAUAAGAGGACUUGCCAUAGGAAUCUUCCCCCAAAAGCCAAACCUGCAACUAAGAGGAAAAAGGACCACUUCGUCUGACGUAUCCACUCUAGCUGCUGGUCCAAGCACCCUAAAACAAAUAUCCAAGCCUCCAAGGCAUGUGCAAAAAGGGAAGCCAAAACCAAGUAAGAAAGGACAACCACCUUCAACUUCAUGUCCUUAUGCAUCAACUUCUGUUUCAACUGUAGGAUCAAAUGUUGUACAUUGA